UCGUCAAACAGGGGAAACACAAAAAUUACUCCUUUUAUAAAAAACCAACACACAUCACUUCGAAGAAUUCACCAUUUUUAUUACCGAUCUCACUCGAAUCCUCUCCGCCCAUUGUCUGAUUUGGUUCAUCUUUUCUCCGUCUCUUCUGGAUCUUACGCAAUGUAUAGAGUUUUGGCGAGCCGAGCACUCAGAGCUUCGUCUCUCUCUCACAAAUCUUCCACCUCCCUUGCUUCUUUGACUCUCUCCAGAUUGAAUCAUUCGAUACCUUUUGCUACCGUUGACGCCGAGGAGCUAUCUGGUGCUCAUCCUGCUCAAGUACAGAGCUUUGUGCAGGGAACGUGGAUUGGAUCUUAUAAUCACAACACGCUUUUAGAUCCUCUAAAUGGAGAACCUUUCAUUAAAGUUGCUGAAGUGGAUGAAUCAGACACUAAGCUAUUUGUGGACAGCUUAUCCCAGUGCCCCAAGCAUGGUCUCCAUAACCCUUUCAAAUCUCCGGAGAGAUACCUUUUGUAUGGAGAUAUCUCGACAAAG